AACUAGGGAGGGGGAGAGGCAGGCAGCAGCCCGCCCUGUGCUGUGCAUCGGGCACACGUCGUCGUCGAGAGCUCCUUCCAUUUCAAGCCCCACCCGUAGCCUCCAACGCUUUGACCCGCUCGCCUCCGAGGAGUGGGAGGAGAGAAGCCGGCAUAAGCGAGCGAGCAGCAAGCGCACGGCACCUACCACGGAUGAUUUUGGGAUCAAACACGAGUGCUUAAUUGAGAAGCAGAGCAAGCAAGCCGACGCCGACGCCGACGAGGAGAUGGACGUGAAGCGGACGCGGAGUCCGCGGGCUCCGGGCGUCGACGCCGACGAGGACAAGAAGAGGGCCGCCGCCGCCGAGUGGCGCGGCGCCGUCCGGCCGCAGAUGGUGCUGGUCGGCUUCCUCAUCACCCUGCCCAUCCUGGUGUUCGUCUUCGGCGGCCGAUGGGGCUCGUUCCCCACCUCGUCCUCCUCCGCUACCUCCGCCCCCAGCGUCGGCGGCCGCCAUGUCGUCCCCGGCGGCGUAACAACGAAACAAAAAACUGAAGCCCCGAAAAACGUCACUGCACGGCCCACUGCAACCACAUCUCUGUCCCAGGACAGGCUUCUGGGAGGACUACUUUCUGCUGCAUUCGAAGAAUCCUCCUGUCAGAGCAGAUACAAAUCGUCUCUCUACCGGAAGAAGUCGCCUUUCCCUCCGUCUCCUUACCUGGUGAAGAAGCUGAGGAAGUACGAGGCCUACCACAAGAAGUGCGGCCCCGGCACCAAGCGCUACAGGAAGGCCAUCGAGCAGCUCAGGGCAGGGCGCAACGUCGACGGUGCCGAGUGCAAGUACGUCGUGUGGUUCCCCUGCAAUGGCCUCGGCAACCGCAUGCUCACCAUCGCCUCCACCUUCCUCUACGCCCUCCUCUCCGACCGGGUGCUCCUCAUGCACGUCGCGCCGGAGCAGGAGGGCCUCUUCUGCGAGCCGUUCCCGGGGAGCUCCUGGGUGCUCCCCGGCGACUUCCCCCACAACAACCCCCAGAGCCUGCACAUCGGCGCGCCGGAGAGCUACGUGAACAUGCUCAAGAACAGCGUCGUCCGCAACGACGACCCCGGCGCCGUGCAGGCGUCGUCGCUGCCGCCGUACGUCUACCUCCACGUCGAGCAGUUCCAGCUGAAGCUGUCCGACAACGUGUUCUGCGACGAGGACCAGCUGGUCCUCAACAAGUUUAACUGGAUGAUACUCAAGUCUGACAGCUACUUCGCGCCGGCGUUGUUCAUGACGCCGAUGUACGAGAAGGAGCUCGAGAAGAUGUUCCCCAAGAAAGAGUCAGUGUUCCAUCAUCUUGGAAGGUACCUGUUCCAUCCGACGAACAAAGUCUGGGGAAUCGUGAGCAGAUACUACGAAGCGUACCUUGCCAGAGUCGACGAGAAAAUCGGGUUUCAGAUUCGGAUCUUCCCGGAGAAGCCGAUAAAAUUCGAGAACAUGUAUGAUCAGUUGAUGAGAUGCAUCAGGGAGCAGCGGCUGUUGCCGGAGCUGGGUAGUGCAGAGCCAACGAACACAACCACCGAUGCGGGGAAGGUGAAGGCCGUACUGAUUGCCUCACUGUACUCCGGAUAUUACGAGAAGAUCCGUGGGAUGUACUACGAGAAUCCAACCAAGACCGGCGAGAUCGUCGCGGUGUACCAGCCGAGCCACGAGGAGCAGCAGCAGUACACGUCCAACGAGCACAACCAGAAGGCGCUGGCCGAGAUCUAUCUGCUCAGCUACUGCGACAAGAUCGCCAUGAGCGCCUGGUCCACGUUCGGGUACGUGGCCUACAGCUUCGCCGGCGUUAAGCCGUGGAUCCUGCUCCGGCCGGACUGGAACAAGGAGAGGUCGGAGGUGGCGUGCGUCCGGUCGACGUCGGUGGAGCCGUGCCUGCACUCGCCGCCGAUCCUCGGGUGCAGGGCCAAGAGGGACGUCGACGUGGCCGCCGUCAAGCCGUACGUCCGGCACUGCGAGGACGUUGGAUUCGGUCUCAAGUUGUUCGAUAGCUAGUUUUUUUCUGAGCAGCGUCGACUUCUUCGAUUUCACGUUCCGACUGAAAUUGGCGUACAUCAAGUCAUGUCCCGUGGAUUGACUAGGCCUUUGGGAGAUUCGUUACAUUCGUUUGGACUCGUGUACACAUGAAAAUUGCACAAAUAUAUCAUGUAUCUGUAUUCAAAUUCUUUCUUCAUAAAACAAUUCAGAUAUAUAUA